ACGGCGGCUCCCGCAGCGCCGGACGCUGGUUGCGCGCUCCCAGCGGCCGAGCGGCCCCGGGCACGCGCGCGCGCCGCCGGCCCGACAGGUGGGUCCCGGCGCCCACGCCGCCUCUCCCGCCCGCGGGAUCCUGGGCCGUGGGCUACGCAGUCCGCCCUGUGCUGCUGGAAGGGGCGUUCUGGGCACGGGGGGAGCGGUCGAGGGCUGGAGACCCUAAAGGCGCCUCCUAUGGCCAGAGGGGAGCCUCCGGCGGGAGCUACCUCUCGGGGGCGCAUCAUCCUGCCCCCCACCGUAAGAGGAAAGCUCCAUAAUGGAGCUUAGGAAUUAGGAGUCUCGAGUGCUGUCCUUAGUCCCAGCCCAGUCAAGAGCUACUGGGGCUGGCUAGUCAUGGGGGAGCCCAGUAGAGAGGAGUAUAAAAUCCAGUCCUUUGAUGCAGAGACCCAGCAGCUGCUGAAGACAGCACUCAAAGAUCCGGGUGCUGUGGACUUGGAGAAAGUGGCCAAUGUCAUUGUGGACCAUUCUCUGCAGGACUGUGUGUUCAGCAAGGAAGCAGGACGCAUGUGCUACGCCAUCAUUCAGGCAGAGAGUAAACAAGCAGGCCAGAGUGUCUUCCGGCGUGGACUCCUCAACCGGCUGCAGCAGGAGUACCAGGCUCGGGAGCAGCUGCGAGCACGCUCCCUGCAGGGCUGGGUCUGCUAUGUCACCUUUAUCUGCAACAUCUUUGACUACCUGAGGGUGAACAACAUGCCCAUGAUGGCCCUGGUGAACCCUGUCUAUGACUGCCUCUUCCGGCUGGCCCAACCGGACAGUUUGAGCAAGGAGGAGGAGGUGGACUGUUUGGUGCUGCAGCUGCACCGGGUCGGGGAGCAGCUGGAGAAAAUGAAUGGGCAGCGCAUGGAUGAGCUCUUUGUGCUGAUCCGGGAUGGCUUCCUGCUCCCAACUGGCCUCAGCUCCCUGGCCCAGCUGCUGCUGCUGGAGAUCAUUGAGUUCCGGGCGGCCGGCUGGAAGACGACGCCAGCUGCUCACAAGUAUUACUACAGCGAAGUCUCCGACUAGGCCUCCAGAUCAGGUCUUCCUCACCAGCACUGGCCUUUCUUCUACACACCUCUGAAACUGGCAGUGGAGUCUCUGCCUCACCCAAAGACUCUUCCCUUCUAGACUUUCCCAUCUCCUGGUGAGAUGUUUCCCACUUAUGCCAUGGUCCUGCCCUGAGCCCCUUUCCCCACCACCUUCCCACCAGGGCCAGGCAGAGAAGAGCAACUCCUAAGAGCCACUGCACUGUGUAACGAUUAGUGCAACUACUACCUUGGUGCCUCAGUUUACCCAUCUGUAAAAUGGGUAAGCAUAGCCAUUGGGAUGCUUUGGGAUGUCAAUGGGUGGAGGCAGAGCACAAGUCAUACUAGAAACUGCUUUUUAUACAUUUUGUACAAGGACAACUCUGGAAGCAAGCCUAUUUCCUCCAGCCAGUUUCAAUGAAUGCUGCACCACAUACUACACCAGUUCAGCGUGAGAAUUUUCUAAUAAAUCUUUUCUAAUACUAAAA